UCUUUCCACUGGUGCUGGCGAGACUCCCGGAGCGAUGACCUUACAGAACCGGUUUAAGAUGACCUUGCAGAACCGGUUUAAGAACUAAAUCAGGUAAUAAGUGGGUUUUAAGAACUUGAUCAGGUUAUCGGUUGGUUUUAAGAACUGUCGAUCAGGUGAGCGGUUGCGUUGUGAUGGCGACGCUACAUUCCCGGAAGCGCUUUGCCCUCGUUCUGCGCGCGUGGCCUGCGCCUUGGAUCCUCCGUCUCCAAAACGACUCCGAGGCAGGAAGUGAAUCGGGACUAUUAUCAAAGCCGACGCCCCACCUAAUCUAUCCGAGGUCCGACCACCUGAUCGGUGAGUUUCCACCCCACCGGUGGAGGAAGCCUCCGCUCUAGCUGUGUUGGAUAAUCCGUCCCUGGGCUGGCGGAGAUGCUCAAUGGGGACACUAAAGACUGUCUAACCACUUAAUCGGAGGGGAAAUAUCUUGCAUUGUUUGACCGACACUCGCCUGUAUUCUUUAAGUUUAGUGUCCUUCCUGAUACGUGCUGUGUUUGAGGACCAUGUGGGUGGACGUCAGGGAGACUUUUUCUCGUUUCCACCAUGCCCCGCGGUGUGAGGAGCGCAUCUAGACGGCGGAGGAGAUGCCGUCCGACGUAGAGUACAGCCCGCUGCCAGCGGAGGGUUCGGGCUCCGGGGUCCAGGACUUCUGGCUCUACGUGUGGAUGCGCCGGUUCUCCGUGAUAGCCUCGCAUGUCAUUGCAUUGGGUCUUACCCUGCUGAUCUCUCUGUUGUCUCGUCCUGGAACAAGUCUGUUUUCCUGGCAUCCUGUGUGCAUGUCCUUUGCAUACUGCCUGUGCCUGACGGAGGGCGUGCUGCUGUUCAGCGCCGAGGGCAGCCCCUUCUGCUUCAAGUCGCGGCAGGGCAAAGUGCGCCUGCACUGGUUCCUCCAGACGCUGCUGCUGGUGGCCUCCACCACCGGCGCCACCUUCAUCGUAGCCAGCAAGAACGUGUCGGACCUGCCCCACCUGGCGUCCUGGCACAGCCUGCUAGGCGUGGGCACCCUCAGCUCCACCCUCUUCCAGCUGGCCGCCGGGCUGUGCUUGCUCUUCCCCAAGUGCAUGCGCCUCCCCGUGUCGCCGCAGCGGCUGAAGCUGUACCACGCCACCUGCGGCCUGCUGGUCUACCUGCUGGCCACGGCCACUGUGGUGUCCGCCAUGUUCUCGGACUGGUUCAGCGCCACGGUGCGCGGGGCGGCCUGGUGGGCCUUCCUCCUGCUGCCGCUGUUCCCCGCCGCCGUGGUGAUGAACCAGAUCACCAACGCCUACCUGCCACGCAAAAAGAUCAGCAGCUAGCUGUGUGUGUGUGCGUGUGUGUCCCGCUCUGCAGCCCCUCGCUGGUGAGCUCGGUCUGAUCUAGGAUUGCUCUGUGACCGACGGUGAAGGACCCAGAUAACUAACGUAAACACAGCAGGAGUUGAACUUGCAACCGGAACAGUGGUGCACCGACUACUUUGCAUUCUUGCACACUUCUAUAACAAAGAAAAUACGACUCAAGCACAGGCUGCGCUUGGGAGGGGUUUCCAGGCAUGGAUGGGUGGGUGGGUGGGGGUGCGUGUAUAUAAAGAACCGCUCUGUCAAUGCUCUGCUUGACUUUGUAAUUUAUUAAACUUUUCUUGAAGGGGCAUUAUGAUUGAUCCUAGCCAGCAUAAAUUGUAUUAUUAUUUUUGCUCUCUACCUCAUAACACUAGUUUGUUUGCCCUGCUGUACAUGAUUUUGUUCAAUGGAGAGGUGGUUAAUCUUCCUUUUGGUUUUACUAGCUUUUAUAAUUAAUCUAAUAGUUAAUCAAUCCGUGACAUAUUAAUUCAAACCUUGAUUUGCAUUUAAAAUGGCAAACUUCUAAAGAAGUUGAUGUCUGGUGGAAAAGCCUCGUCCAGUGUUAUGACAUCAAGUGAAGGAGAAUUUGAAGUUCCCCAACAAUGGAAGACUGAAUUGAUGGGAUCAGAUGAUUUGGAAGACCAAUUUGUGUAUAAAACCUUUCUUAAUAUAUGCUUAUCAGGACAAACCCUUCAGGUCAGAAGGAUUUACAGAAGGAUUUAUUUAUUCAAGACGGGUUAAUGAGUGGUCUGCCUUGUGUAGAACUGCUGAGCCCUUUUUAUUCUACCUAUGAAAUAAACGCUUUUUGAAUGUUA